GGUGUUUCUGAGGCGGCAGCAGGCGGCAGACGGCGGAGGAGCCCGGUCCAAGAAAGGUGGAGACUCCUGCUCAACUUCCUGCACAGUAAUCUUGAAGCACCGCCGAGAGAAGUCAGGAGGCGGGCGGAGCUGCUGCUGCUGCUGCUGCUGCUGCUGCUGCUGGGACAAGGGCGAAUGGAUCCACGGCUCAUUUGACGUCUUUAUCUCCGGCGACUCGAUACGAACUCACCUUGCGGGUGUUUGGACCUAGCUACCUGGCUAGUCGCUAGCUAGCAGCGGAGCGGCUGGACGCGCGAUUCCCAGCGUCUGAUAGCGAGGCGGUGCGAAGGGCAGGAAUGGAGGUUGUUGUGGAGUACGAGUAUGAAGCGCUCCAUGAGGACGAGCUCACCCUUGGAAUAGGUGACAUCAUCAAGAACGUGCGGUACAUAGAUGAGGACGGCUGGAUGGAGGGGGACCUCAACGGGAAAAGGGGGCUUUUCCCUGACAACUUUGUGAAGGAGUUGAAGAAGGAAUCCAAAGAGGCCAAGGAAACAAAGAGUGAGCCUAAAGAGGAAACCUCUCAGCCUCAGAGGAGAGAGAAAAGCGCAGGGAACGUGGCCAACCUGGUCCAGAGGAUGAGCACAAUCGGCAUUCCAACUGGAGGCUUCCAGCCUCAGCCACCAGCAGCGGCCAAAAAGCCGAAGAGAAGACAGUGCAAGGCGCUUUUCGACUAUCAGCCGCAGAAUGAAGACGAACUAGAGCUGAAGAUUGGAGAAAUCGUAGACAUCAUUGAAGAGGUUGAAGAGGGCUGGUGGAACGGUAACAUAAACGGCAAGUCGGGACUGUUCCCCUCCAACUUUGUCAAAGAGCUGGAUGCCAUGGGAGAGGACGGGGAGUCAGUCGACACGCCAGCAGAUGAGACUGAUGGAAGUGGAAUCGAAAGCACUGCCACCCCCACAUCGCCUCAGGCCACCUCAGGGAAUGGAGUUAUUGCUCAGCCCAAGAAGAUCCGAGGUAUCGGCUUCGGAGAUAUUUUCCGAGAAGGGUCGGUCAAACUUAGGGUCCGUCUGCCCAGCCCUGAAAAAGAGGAAAAGAAGGACAGACCAGUCCCAUCAUUACCAUCUGCUGCAAAGCCCGCCCUCCCCAACAUGACAGACUCGCAGAGAGCUGACGGAGACGGCAAAGGCAAAGCUAAAGAGUACUGCAAGGUCACAUAUGCCUUCGAGGCCACGAACGAGGAUGAGCUGAGCCUGAAAGAGGGAGAUGUCAUCCACGUCCUGAGCAAGGACACAGGGGAGCCUGGCUGGUGGCGAGGGGAGAUCGGUGGUAGAGACGGCGUCUUUCCUGACAACUUUGUGGUCAAGGUUUCUGAAACAGAGAAAGAGUCUCCCGCAUCCAGAGGGUCAUUGAAAUCAUCCCCUAAGCAGGAGCCAGAAGAGAAACCAAAGAAGCCCCCUCCCCCAUCAAAAAGCAUCGCUCUCAAACCCGAGGUUCCCAGUGCCGACAAGAAACCUCAUGCCAUCAGGACAGAGGACAGAGUGGACAAACCAACGCCAGAUCACAAACCAUCCAAACCCGCAGCGCCCGUGGUCCCGCCCAAGAAGCCGAUUCCUCCCCCAGGGAAAGGCAGACAGGGAAGCAUCCCACCAAAGAGGCCUGACAAGCCUCUCACUCCCUCGCCAAACCUUAAGCACAAUGGAGAGGUGCCUUCCAUUCGACCAAGGUCAGACUUUGAGCCAUUAUUGCCCACCAAGCCGAAAACGCUGUCUGGAGACUGGGGGGAAAAGUCCUCAGAUAUGGAAGAUCUAAUGAGUUUUGAUGAGCUGUCAUCUACCUCAGGGAAGCUCUCUCACCCCACUGCGAGCCGACCAAAGAUGCCUGGCAGGAGGCUGCCUGCCCAGUUCGGUGGAGGACAUUCGCCCAACAAGGACGUGAAUGUGGAAAAAUUCUUCACGGUGGAUGAAGAGGAUGCAGCCAAACCAAAGCUACCAGAUACCAGAAAGCCUUCCACAAACACCUUAUUCCAGUCAACGUCUCUCCAAAAGCCCAUUGCGGCAAACCCUGAGGCCAAGCCGAGCCCUGAGGCCAAGCCGAGCCCUGAGGCCAAGCCGAGCCCCGAGGCCAAGUCGAGCCCGGCAGCGCCCCCCCCGACCUCCAACAGCAUUUCUCACAGCGGCCGAGGUCGGCUUGACCCUGAGGAGCCGACCUCCGAGCUGGACGACUUGAGGAGCCAGAUGAAGGACCUGCUGAUGUCCGUGGAGCUGCUCAAGGGCCAGCAAAUGAAAGAGAUUGCGGAGCUACGAAGAGAGCUGGAUGAGGAGAGGAUAAAACGUGUGACCCUGCAGAUGGAGAUAGAAAAGCUCAAGCGAACCGUCCACUCGACGUGAAGCUCGCGCAGCAAUGACCAGCGGGCCUCGAGGCAAGCUUCUGUUUGGACCAACCAGAGAGCAGGAAGGUGGUGACAGACGGAGAGAGGGCGGAGAAUCAGACCAGCCACCUUGAGCACAAUCUCUUUUCAGUGAUCUACAAUAAUAAACUCGCUCCAUAAUUGUAAGAUUUACAUUUUGCACAUGUAUUUUUUUUUUUUUUUUUCAAUCUAGAUGUUAUUAAGUUCCAGAUGUAUAUUUUACCUUCUUUUUUAUUUCAUUUUUUUUAAUUUGCCAACACAAACUGAGGCCUUACUUCAAACUACUGUGCUGGACUUGUAACUCUUCUGCUCACGCUCUCUCUCCCCUUCACUCCACCAUUCCUCGUACUCCUCAGGGAGGAGCUUCACUCUCAGUACUACUGACUUUGUAUAAAGCAGGGGGCGCUUGUUUUCCACGCCUAAUGUUCUUUCUCCUCAUUUUUUUUUUUUAUGAUGCACAAUAGUUGAUUUUAAAACGUGAGAAAAUAAUUAAUUUCAUUUAACAACCUCGUAUUCUCACGAUAAACAUUUUUUUUCUUUCUCAUGCGGCGCCUGGCAGCAGUAGCCUCCACGGCUGCAGUGCUUCAGAGAGAGCGCUGUGUUCGUUUCUCUUUGUCUUUUAUAUGUUUUCUUUAGCAUUCCUAUCCAGGGUAACACUACUGUGCCUGAUUUAAAAAAAAAACAAACAAAAAAAAGUAAAUUCUAUUAAUUGUUUAUAAUGGGAGCUUAAAUUUUCCACGAUGGUGUCUGGAAUAUGUGCAGCAUGAUGAUAUUGUAUAUCUAUAUUUUUUAAGUCUACUGACAUGUCUAGUCAAAUGCUAUAUAGAGGGCCUCUUCUACGCGGGUCUCUUCUAUUUUUGUGAGGUUUGGAUUUGUUGAAAACUUUGAACUUUAGCCACACAGUCUGCAGGUGAUGCAGAUACAUACACACACACACACACACACACACAAAGAAGUGGCGUCAUUCCAUGGUUGCUGAGUGACUCGUUGGUCAGUUCAUGAAAAAACGGCUCUGUGUUUUUAAUCUGGCGUUCAUCCCUCUGAUCCCUGUCACGGUUCACCCUGCCACUAACUCCUUCCUCCCUUCCUCCUUUGACUCGCAGGGAAAUGAUUUGAGAGGAGCCUUGUCUUCCUGCUCUGUAUUGUGUUUUGUAUCAGCUUGCACAGCACUCAUCAGAUGUCCUGAAGUCAUUGUACAUGCCUGUACACUAGUUCAACUGGAAGCAUAUUUUAAGAGUGUAGAAAGAACAAUGACAAAACCUCACAUCACCUUCUCCUCAUCUUAACUCUAGUAGAGGAGCAAAUGGUUAUAAGAGCUCCACUAUGUCGUUUUUUUUCACUAUUUCGUCGGGCCCCCAUCGCUAGCCACCUCCCGGAAGAUAAAAAAAACGCAUUAGCCUCGGCAAAAAAUGUAGAACGCAACAUGGAUCAUCAAUUACAAAACAUUACUGAGCAUGUCUUUGCUAACACUUGUUGUGCAGAUUAAAUUCUGCAAAAGCAGUUGUUUUUUUACUUUUCUCCAUUGCUACUUAUUGUUUGUAGCCUAACUCUUUCUGCAAUAACAUGCAAAUGCUUCCUCCUAAGGCCUGUGCAUGCACAGUGUACGUGAGGGGUCAUGUGAUCUGCCUUUUUAGGCGGGUUAGUUUGGACAGGGAUUAAAUUGAUAUGCAGCCUAAACGCUUGUGUGGACAGAUUUAUUUUUUCACUGGAAAACAAAUGUAGUCUUACGGAUGUAUUGCCACAUCGAGCCCCCGUUCCCUGCAGAUGGAUAUGCUAUAAUCCCCUAUCUCUCCACUCAUUCUUCAGUUUUUUCUUUAAUUUGUCAUCUAUUUUGUGGGAUGCAUCGCCUAGAAGUUUGAUACAGAUAUUCACUGGUUCAUAUUCAUGUACCAGUGUACUCACACACCCUGGAGCACAUUUCGACAUCAUUCCAGCAAUGAAUUAUAAAAAAUAUAAAUAUAUAUAAAAACAUGAUAAAUACAGUUGUGACCAACCUAUGCCCUGAGGUUAUUAUACAGUUCAAAGAGAAUAAACGUGUAAGUGCUGUCUUAGGUCGUGCUGUCAACAAACAUAUAUUUUGUGUAUGUUAAGCUGUUUGCACAGUGUUUUUUUUUUUUUUUGUCUUUCAGCACAGAACUGUUUGUCUUCAGGACACUAGUUGCUAUAAAAUUGUUCUCCUUAGCUUGUGAGCAUGGUGUUUCGGGGCUGCAGAAAUGUGGAGCGCGGUGCGAUAGGAACUUACUCAGUGUAGGAUGCAAGCUGCCCUCAGUAACAUCUGACCUGUAGCCCCAAACUUUUGGCCUGCGGCUCUGUGCAGACAUUAACCAGCUUAUCUCUUGGUGUGGAGAUGCAUUUUGAAAAGCCGACAGCGGCACAGCAUCGACUUCAGCCCCCAACAGCCUCAGCACGGGUUUGAGGGAUGUUAUAACUCUGAACACUGAUCAAGAAAUAGACUGCAGGGUCCUGUUCCAAGUUAAAUGUCCUGUCGUUGUUUCACAUCUACUUUUGUGCAUUACUAAUACUCUUCUUAGUGUUUUUUUUAUUUUAAAUUCUUACAGAUACGUCACAGAGGUCUUAAAGAAGCGUUACUUUAAUUUGAAAUCAUCCUCAGGCUUGGGUUUAAAGUGGCCUGUGUGUGUGUGUGUGUGUCUGUGUGUGUGUUUAUAUGUGUGUGUCUGCCCGCAAACGUAACAGUGUCCAUGAAGUGCUGGACUGCAGAGUGCAUUGACCAAGUUGAUAGUAUAUUUUUGCCCUUAAUGAUGCAGCUACCAUGCAGUGAAUGGAUGCCUGAUGUAUAACAAACACAACUCUCCAGCAACAUGGCUUGGCGAAGACAUAAUUACAAUGUGGGGGAACGAGGGACCAUGGGGGGUUUGGGUGAACAUCUUUUUGUGUAAUAUCUGUAAUGCAGCUUAAAUUCCACAUAUUGUACAUUCCAGAGUUUGACACCAAGAAAAUAAAUCUGUGCACAUUUAUAACAUAUUUUCAAGUGAUUUUGUUUACAAGAGCUGUAUCCUUGCAUGAGCUGAGAAUCUUUCCAAAAAAAAAACAAUAAAUAUCGUCUUUAUUUACUGACUCAGA